GAAGGCUUCAAGGGAUGUGAACUCCUCGUCUAAAUGGAUCCAUACUGAUAAUUUGGAUAUUUGGAUAUGAAUUUACCGUCAUCGCUGACCGACUGACUGCUGAUCAGAUACUGUGGAGUGACUGAAUCUAAAGAUACUGACUGUUUGAUCACAGAGCAACAGAUUCUGGACUAACUGUGACUGCCAAGAUGUUGACUGUCUCUGUGCUCCUGCUGCCGUUGCUCCUCGCCUCUCCUCCUGUCUCCUCCUCACCUCUGGCCCAGGAUCAGUCAGUGUGUGCCAGGACGUUCUGCGGUGCAGGUAGAGAGUGUGUGUCGUCUGACCGAGGAGAGCCAGUCUGUCGCUGCCUACAGGCCUGUGAUGUGACAGAGCACUGGGUGUGCGGCAGUAACGGCAGAUCCUACAGAAACCACUGUGAGCUGCACAGGGACGCCUGCAUCAGCCAGACCAAGAUACAUGUGGAGCACAGGGGACACUGUCUGGAGAAACCAUCAAAGACAGACGUGAGCCCCAUCGUGUGUUUCCUGUCUAAUCGCGACUGGCUGAGAGAGAGAGUGAUCCAGUGGAUCCAAGAGGAAUCUCACAACCUGACCUCAAACGUGUCCUCAGCCAAUGACGUCCUGCAAACGUACUUCAAGAUGUAUGACAACGGGGAUUCAGAGCUCGAUUCCAAAGAGUUCCUCAACUUCCUGAAGCAUAAUGAGACGGCCCUCAACCUCACCUACUCCAGUACUAUGGAGACUAACUUGCUACUGAGGUCUCUGUGCGUUGAUGCUUUAAUAGAGCUGUCAGAUGAAAACGCAGACUGGAAGCUGAGUUUGACAGAGUUCAUCAACUGUCUGACGCCCACCUACCAUCCAUAUGAGAGAAAGUGUGCGCUGGAGGAUGAAGUGUUCGAGGACGGAGCUGAAACCCAGAUGGAGUGUAACAAGUGUGUGUGUGCCUGUGGAAACUGGGUGUGCACCGCUCUGACCUGCACUGGAGAGCAUCAGGUAGAGGAGGACGUUCAGGAAGGAGCAGAAGAAGAAGAAAUGACCGAGGAGGAGUGGAGCAGGAGAGUGGCCGAGCUCAAUGCUUUACAGGUGGACACCCAAGACUGAAGUGCUGUGAUGGCGAAGCGUAAUACAUUAGAGAUUACUUUGGUGAUUAUUAAAAAAGGAAGUAGUAUUCCAGGUGGAGACAUUUGCCAUGGUGACCUGAGGUCACACCCACUGCACCUGUAACAGCCAAUCAGGGGCCAGUUUUCUUGAACUACAGAUAAGAGGAACAUCGCCUCAGUUUAAACUAUCAAGCUGAUUCAGGCUGGUAAAUACAGAGAAUAUUUUUAUAAUUUCAUCUCACAUAAUCUGAGUUUUUUAUAGUUUCAUGUAUGGAUUUUUGUUGUUUAAUUGUCUAAAAGGUUUUAGAAACUGGUGAAACACUCAGGAGGUUGAUUGUUUCAAUGGUAAUGAGAUAUUAUAUUUUGUGUGUUCAGGUUGUCAUGUUAAUGCAGAUUUUUUAUACACCUGUUGUUCUAAUACAAUAAACACUUUAUUCCAG